AUGCCUCGUGCUCCAAAGCGACGGCGCUUCAUGCUUGAGGAAGGCCUUCAGUCCCAAAGUGAGACACAGAACCUCGUGGGUGCACUGGUGCCUGUGGUUGUGGAAGAAGAUGCUUCUUCAUCCUCCUCCACCUGCUCCUCCUCUUUUCCUUCCUCUUUCCCCUCCUCCUCUUCCUCUUGCAAUCCUCUGAUCUCAAGCACUCCGGAGGAGGUUUAUGAUGUUGCCCGGACCCCGAGUCCUCCCCAGAGCCCUCAGAGUGCCUGCCUCUCCCCCGCUGCCAUGGCCUCCACUCCACUGAGCCAGUCUGAAAGCGAUGGCUCCAGCAGCCAAGAAGAGGAGGGUCCGAGCACCUCACAGGCCCUGCCAGAAACUGAGUCCUUUCCCAGAAACUUGCUUGAUGACAAGGUGGCUGAUCUGGUGGAGUUCCUGCUUCUCAAGUAUCGCACAAAGGAGCCGACCACAAAGGCGGAAAUGCUGAAUCUGGUCAUCAGAGAAUACCAGGACCACUUCCCUGUGAUCUUCAGCCAAGCCUCUGAGUGCAUGCAGCUGGUCUUUGGCGUUGACGUGAAGGAAGUGGACCCCAGCGACCACUCCUAUGUCCUGGUCACCACCCUGGGCCUCACCUACGAUGGCAUGCUGAGCGGUGAGCAGAGCAUGCCCAAGACUGGCAUUCUGAUACUUAUCCUGAGCAUAAUCUUCGUGGAGGGUGACUGCGCCCCUGAGGAGGACGUCUGGGAAGCGCUGAGUGUCAUGGGGGUGUAUGCCGGGAUGGAGCACUUCAUCUAUGGGGAGCCCAGGGAGCUCCUCACCAAAGUUUGGGUGCAAGAACAGUACCUGGAGUACCGGCAGGUGCCCAACAGCGAUCCUCCAUGCUACGAGUUCCUGUGGGGUCCCAGGGCCCACGCUGAAACCAGCAAGAUGAGUCUCCUGGAGUUUUUGGCCGGUGUCACUGGGAGUGACCCCAGAUCCUUCCCAGUGUGGUACGAGGAAGCUUUGAGAGAUCAGGAAGAGAGAGCCCAGGCCAGAAUUGCCAGCACGGAUAGUGCUACUGCCACAGCCAGUGCCAGUUGUAGUACCGUGCCCAGUAGCUUCUCUUUCCAUGAGUGAGGU